UGUGGGCUUAGUAUGUGCUUUUGACUUGACACUGCAGUGGUGCGAGUGAUGCGAGAGAACAUCAGGAGAGAAUGAAUGCAUUUGGUUAAGGCAUCGGCGUGAAUGUGCGCGCCCGAUCGAUUUCGUUGAAGUCUGGCUUGAAAUUUCGUGGAUGAGAAAAUGAUUAGGAAUACUAGACUUCCUGUUGGAGCUCUCAUGUGAUGCUCUGUAAAGAGCCUAUGUGGGAGAGCCAUGCAAGCCUGAAUGACGGCGUUAUUAUUCGCUAUACGAGUACUCGUAGUCAGGGCUAACUGUAAUUUAUCGGAUUCUUACGUAAGGUAUCGGAAGUAAUGAUUAAGAACCCACAGAAGGCAGCUCAUAUUAACAUAUUACAACACUUUACCUGAUGUCUAGAGUACUUCACACUCUUAAUUAUUAAUUUUUUUUUAGAUAGCUCUUGUUUCUAAACUGGCGGGGAUUAAUAUGUAUCUCUGUUUCUCGUUUCACAGGAUUCUUGUGCACUUAAUCGAAACAGCAGAAACAGUUAAUUGAGUUUUGGUUUUGGGUCGGAUCAGAAUGGCAAAACUUAUAUAACGGAUGGUUGUUUUAUCAUUUACCGUUUACGAGUGCUUUUCAUUUUUAACAUUAUACACCUGCAGCGGAUAUUUGGAAGGAAUAAUAAUAUGCCGACGAUCCCAUAUUUAUGUGUUUUAACCGUGAUCUGCUUGGGAAAUAUCCAGAAGACAACUUCCUACGUCCACUAAGUUUCAUGCAGUUUUGCUUUCAUUCUGAAACUGUCCGGACCAAUGGCUUUUUGUGUAUCUCACGAUAUCAAUCUUAAACUCAUCCUUGUCAGUGGGAAAACAAAAGAAUUUCUCUUCAAUCCUUCCACGUCGGCUGCCGAGAUUGCACAUAAUGUUUUUGACAAUUGGCCUGACGAUUGGGGAAGCUGUCCUGUUGACAAAGGUGAAGUUCUGCGACUCAUUUACCACGGCAGAUUUCUACACGGCAACGUUACUCUGGGAGCAUUAAAUCUACCUGUGGGCAGAACGACUGUGAUGCACUUAGUGCCCAGAGAGCAUUUGCCAGAACCAGCAUCUCAAGAUGAUCCAAAACAGAAGAAGUCAGGCAGCAGGAAUUGCUGCAGCUGUACGUGCUGCAGCAUCGUUUGAUGUUUCUCUGUUUUGACGAAGCCCUGUUAAUCUUUCCUGGAAGAGAUGUGGUACACAUAGCGGUGCACAAUUGCACAUUGCCAUAUAUAAAUUGCGAGUGUUGAGCUUGCUAAUUAUGAACUACUUCCCCGUCAGCCAUGUGGAAUACAUAACCUAUGCUCGUUAUUGGCUCCUGUUGUUCCGGUGGUACACAGCUCCUAAAGAUCCGGGCAUAUAGUUUUUUUGCAAAAGUUGGUGGUUUGAUUGCAGUGCUGGAUUUUUGGUUUCCUUAGUGGAAGUGACAAUUCCUGGCUCGCUAACGUAGCGAUGGACAUCACCGCAUCCAUUGUUAUUCAGUUACCAAAGUUCUUCGUUGAUGUGUUUCCCUAAAAUACUUAUGCAGUUAAAUCUUUGUUAAGUGAUUUGCAUGCUUUUGAUCUUUUAUCUUAUUAUCAGUUUGGUUAUUUCUUGUCCUAAUUUUUCGUGGAUUUGCUUUGAUAGUGUUGGAUUACUGAUGAAAAAUACGGCCUUCAGAGAUUAUAAUUACUUGUAAAGUUAGAAUAAUGAUUUACAUGUCC